UGUUCCCGCGCAAAACCCAUGCAAAAAGUUGGAAGUAAAAGAGGACAGCUGGGCUAGUUGGGAAAUAGUUUAGUGCUCUCUCCUGGAACAAGGAACCUGGAACCGAACAGGAUAUCGCCUACCUGAAAACCAGAGAGAGAAAGAGAGUGAGCGUGAGAGCAGCUCUCGCACACAGGCGAUCUUUUCCCUGCACAUGCAUGCAUUUCGGUUCUCUAUGUGUGCGUGCAGGUAGCGUCGGUGUGAUUGGAAACCAUUGUUUUGCUUCCCGGGGAAUUGGAGGAAGGAAAAGAAGCAAAGGAAUCGGUGGAAAACCACCCCUGGAAUGCAACCGCUUUUCGCAUUCUGCCGCCAAUUUUCAUUUGACGCAGAUCCUCUGAGGAUUCAACAUGGAUAAUCAAUAUCAGCGUAUAGUCAACGCCAGUCCUCGCGAGGAUUCCCAGUUCCAAAGGAGCAGGCCGUUGUUCCUAAAUGCCUGGUCACAGACUUCUAGCGAAGAUUUCGAGCUGCUACGCACCAUCUCCACGCCUGAUCCCCAAGUGGAGACAGAAAACAGGGCGCUACGAGAUAAGGUUCGCUAUUUGGAAGCCAAACUGCAGCAGCACACGGACUUGCUCUCCCAAAUUCAUGCCACAUCCGCCAGAAUGCAGCAGGCAUCGUCCCUGCUGGCUGAUAAUGGACCACCAACUCCUCCUACUGUUCAAAGUCAUCAGAUCCUCACUCCCCCAAGUUCGGUGAUAUGUGCUCCCGUUCAGAAUCCCCAGAUUCUGGACUACAAAAUCAUUUCAGCACCCGAUGAUGCGGAUGCCAUUGAAAUACGCCUGGCAGCGGAGAGCUUAAACAGCCUGAGUACCUCGGCCGACUCGGAUCGCCUGGAGAUAUGCCUUGGCGAGGAGAAUCAGCAGCAGACUCAUCAUCAGCAGUACAGAAUAAGCAGCGGCAUUAAGAGGGAAGAUGAAGAAUCCUCCGGGACUCCUUUGCAGUUCAUUAAACGCCGAAAGUUGCAGGAGAUUCAGUUGUCCGAAGAAGCCCCUCGACAGAACAUCAAACUGCCCCUCAAAUCUCAAGUUAAAAUCCGCAAUGGCAGUCUCACCGAUCUCAGCAAGAACCAGCAGCAAAACAUGGACAACGUUAUGGUCUCCAUUGGACCAAAUAACACAUGUGUGCCAGCCAGUGUCUUCGAGAACAUAAAUUGGUCAGUUUCCUCGUUGGCCACCCGGAAAUUGCUGGUAUCCAUCUUCGACAGAGAAACUUUAGCAACCCAUUCGAUGACAGGAAAACCAUCGCCCGCCUUUAAGGAUCAGGACAAGCCACUUAAGCGUAUGCUCGAUCCCCAGAAGAUCCAGGACAUCAUCUUUGCGGUGACGCACAAGUGCAAUGCCAGUGAAAAGGAGGUACGCAAUGCCAUCACCACCAAGUGCGCCGAUGAGAACAAGAUGAUGAAGAUCCAGAAUGUCAAGCGACGCAGCAGUGGCAUCAAACAUGAAAAGGAAAACAGGAUUUAGAUGUUAGUAGUAUUAUUAUUAGUGGUUAAUUAAAUAUGUAUUAGACUAAAACCAAAUAAGGCGGAAAUGGCUGCUUCAACGCUCACAGAUUUAUAAAAAAAUCCAUAGAUAUAGAACUUAAGACUACAUUGAACAUAUGUACGUGCAGAAUGUUUUUGAAGAUCUCGAAGAUGAUUUUACCAAUCCGAACCAAGAAAAAUUGUUGUUUUAUUUUUAAAUUCUAAAAUUCCAAUUUGAAUUAGAACGAACUUAAAACUCUGUUUUCGUGUUUGUAAGCUGUAAGUAUUUAACUUAAAUAUAUAAUUGAUUAAAAUAAUAAAAUUGAA